AUGUCGCAGGUGCCCAUGCCGACCGUUUCGGCGUCGAACCCAACGGUCGCGGGCGCCUCGGGCUCAAGUGCCGAGAAAAGCGCGAGAUCGCCUGGAGUGAAGGGUGAACCAUCAGCGUCCACACCGGGGACCGGGCGCACCACCAAACCGCGCAGUUGUGUCGUAUGUCGGAGCCGAAAAGUCCGCUGUGACAAGCAGUCGCCAUGCUCCAACUGUCGCCGCGCAAAUAUUGCGUGCGUACUUCCCUCCAAAGACCGCCCUCCAAGAUGGGCCCGUCGCCUCGUGCAGCCAGCCCCGGAAGAUGUUAUGGAGCGAAUUCGAACACUCGAGAAUCUCGUCAAAGACUUGAGUCGCCAACUGGAAGAAGCAAAUGCCAGGACCGACUCUGUUGGUGUUUCCUCGGCGGCUCAGUCGCCUGGAAGCUCCACUAACGAUGCCACGGGUACAUCCUCGACAUAUUCCGACCAUGUGCAAAAACAGUUUGGGAGAUUGGUCCUUCGAGAUGCUAACCAGAGCCGCUACAUUGGUAGUGGAUUUUGGUCGCGUGUUACUGACGAGCUAGAUGAACUAAAGAUGGACACCGAAGGGCUGGCUCAAGAUGAGUUUGAUACCUCUGAUGAAGAGGACUGGUUUGUUGGGAAGACCCCAUCUACGCAGGAGAUCGAACGUACACCCGAAGAUCGAAAUGCAUUCAUAUUCCGACAUAACUUGAUGCCUUCCACUCCAGACCUACGGGACUUCCACCCCCUGCCCUCACAGAUACCCUUUCUGUUAGAUGUUUUCUCAGAAAACGUCAACGCAUUUCUCCAGAGUGUGCAUAUACCAAGCACCUCGAAAAUGAUUCGCGACUUGCGUGGUGACAUGACUAGUCUGACACCUGCCAACGAGGCCCUCAUGUUCUCGAUCUACUAUGCGGCAGUGACUUCUAUGGAGGAAGAAGACGUGAGGAUGAACUUUGAUUCCACCAAGGCUGAAUUAAAUUUAAAGUAUCGCCUUGGUUUUGAGCACGCUCUCGCCAAGGCCGAUUUUCUAAACGUACCGGAUCUGGUUCUGAUUCAAGCUCUUGUCAACUUCUUGGCUCUUGCCCGUCGUCACGACAGCCCCAGAUUUGUAUGGAUGAUGGUUGGAAUUGCAAUCAGGAUGGCAAUGUCACUAGGCCUUCAUCGGGAUGGAUCCAAUUUUGAUAACCUAUCCCCCUUCGAGACAGAAAUGCGCCGGCGUGUUUGGUGGGCCUUGUGUCUGUUUGAUGUCAGAGCCUCAGAGGAUCAAGGAACUGAAUUCACUAUUGCGGUGGAUAGCUUCGACACAAAAAUACCACUGAAUAUCAACAACAGUGAUAUACAACCAGAUUCAAAACAAGAUCCGGCAGAACGCGAGGGGUUGACUGACAUGUCCAUCUCACGCGUGUCGAUCAAAACGUGCGAGCUCUCGAAGCGAAUGAUGGUCCGUGGACCCAAGGCACCUAGCCUGGAAGAGCAGGACCAUAUGCUGCAGAAGAUUUACCAGGAAUUAGACGAAGGGUUUCUUCGUUACUCAACCGAGUCGAAUAUAUCAUACUGGGUUAUUGUCACCGUCGCCCGUCUCAUGGUCGCCAAAAUGACAUUGUUCAUUUACUUACCAGUGCUGUUUUCUUCUCCGGGUGAGCAAUUGUCCGAACAGCUCAGGACAAAAUUGCUCAUCGCCGCGAUUGAAGUUGCCGAGUACAACCAUUCACUGAACGCUGAACAGGGCUGUCGCCAAUGGCGGUGGAUUUUCCAGACUUAUACUCAUUGGCAUGCCAUUAUCUACAUUUUAAUCGAGAUUCCUCGUCGACCGUGGUCUCCCCUUGUCGAGAGGGCCUGGACCGCCCUCCACAGUGUCUGGCUUAUUCCGACCCAAUCCAACAUGCGCAAGAAUUUGCGCGUGUGGUUUCCGUUACGGAAGUUGAUGAACAAAAGCACACGACAUCGGAAGAGCGAAUUGAAUAGGCUUGCAAAUAACCCGUCAGCUGCGGAAAAACUUGAGAUUGAAUAUUUGACGAUGACUCAUCCUUCAAGUGAAGCUCAUUUUCCAGCUGGGUCUAACGCGGCGGCUCUCUUUCUCGAACAAUGGAAGCAAUUGGUUCAAUUCCCUACCGAAGGGAUGCCAGUUCGCGCACACGUGGCUGCUUCAUCUGACCAAGGCCAUUCGACGACUGGCAACUCGAGGGUAUCGCUUGGAGUACAGCUCGGUACAGAAGCGAACCUCAAUUCCAUGACGGUACCACAGGUCCAGCAAUGGCAACAUGGUGUUGAAAUUGGCCGGAACCUUAGCGUAGCUCCAUCUACGACUCUUGAUCUACCUCCCAACGCCGGGAAUUCCGAAGCAGGGCCAUUCGAACCACCUAUCCAACCGGCCACUCAGCAACCAAAUUCCGCAUAUCUGGAUACCCUGCUAUCUAUACAGCCUGUAGAAGGUGACGUUAUGCCUUCGCUGUGGACUAAUGAACUCUUCGAACACGUGGACUUGGGGACACUGGAUAAUAACAUGGAUUUGGAUAGUGAUAUAGACUGGUAUAACUGGGUGGAAUCUGCCAAGGGAAUGGAAUGGGACACAGAUCCCAAGCGCAUCGCAUGA